GUUGCUGGUAAUCCGCAAGCACAGCUAAUGUGACACCCUCCUCCCUCCCUCUCUUCAAAUCUCAACCCGAGACCAAACACAAGUCAGUUUCCAUGAAGUAAACACAGCCAGACGUGCACAUACAGCGUGUAGUGAGACAGUCAGACAAAAACAGAGAGAGAGAGACAGAUUCAACAAGACAGAAAGCAGCAAAACAUGAAAGCCCACAGUGUCCUCUCUUACCCUCCGCUACUCCAAGCAGCCUGUAUCGUUUUCUGGGGUGUUUCUGUUGUAAACGGAGGAUUCUGCGAGGUGAACCUUUGUAUGAACGGAGGGACGUGUGUGACUGAGGUGGGCGAUGCCCCCUUCAUCUGUAUCUGUGCCGAGGGCUUCACUGGAGACAAAUGCAACACCACCGAGACUGGUCCAUGCCAACCGAACCCGUGUCACAACAACGCGGCCUGUGAGGUGACCAGCAAGAUCCGGCGCGGGGAUGUCUUCAGCGAGUACAUCUGCAAGUGUCCUGAGGGCUACAACGGGGUGCACUGCCAGAACAAUGUGAACGAGUGUGCCACACAGCCCUGUAAGAAUGGGGGUACAUGCCGGGACCUGGACGGGGACUAUACUUGCAAGUGCCCCUCCCCGUUCUUGGGGAUGCACUGCCAAAUGCGCUGUAUUUCCAUGCUGGGGAUGGAGAGUGGUGGGAUUGCAGAUUCCCAGGUCAAGGCCUCCUCGGUGCACUGCGGCUUCCUGGGGUUACAGCGCUGGGGUCCCGAGCUGGCCCGGCUCAACAACAAAGGCAUCGUCAACGCCUGGACCUCCGCCAGCCACGACAAGAGCCCCUGGAUAGAGGUGAACUUGCAGCGGAAGAUGCGUGUCUCUGGGAUCAUCACGCAGGGCGCCAGCCGCAUAGGCACAGCCGAGUUUGUCAAGUCCUUCAAGGUGGCAUCGAGCUUCGACGGGAAGACUUUCACCAUCUACCGGGGCGCGGGCCUGAGGAGAGACAUGGUGUUCGUGGGGAACAUGGAUAAUGACGGCACGAAGACCAACCUGUUUGAGCCCCCCAUCGUGGCGCAGUACAUCCGCAUCAUCCCCGUGGUGUGUCGCCAGGCCUGCACCCUCCGCUUCGAGCUCGUGGGCUGCGAGAUCAACGUGUAUUUCAACACGGCAGGUUGCUCUGAGCCCUUGGGAAUGAAAUACCGCAUGAUCUCCGACGGCCAGGUUUCUGCCUCCAGCACCUUCCGCACCUGGAACAUGGACGCCUUCACCUGGCACCCGCACUUCGCUCGGCUCGACAAGCAGGGCAAGACCAACGCCUGGACCGCGCUGCACAAUGACCGCUCCGAGUGGCUGCAGGUUGACCUUGAGACCCCUACACAAGUGACAGGUAUCAUCACCCAGGGAGCGAAGGACUUUGGGAAUGUCCAGUACGUAUCGGAGUUCAAAGUGGCCUACAGUGAUGAUGGAAAGUCCUGGACGGUGCUCAAGGACAAGAGCAGAUCUGACAAGGUGUUCCGAGGCAACAUCGACAACAAUGCCCACAAGAAGAACAUCUUUGAGCCGCCCUUCUUCGCCCGCUUUGUACGGGUCAUCCCCUGGACCUGGCACGAACGCAUCACCCUGCGCAUGGAGCUGCUGGGCUGCGACGAGGAGUAGAGUCCGUUCUCCUGCCCCGCCCAGCGCCAAGCUCUGCCCUGCCCUGCCAGACCUGCCUGCUAGACUCUAACUCCACCCACCAUCUGCCUAACCUUUCCCUCGCUUAGUACCCUCCUUGUUUUUAGGUUGGGUCUGAAAACCUAAAUACACGACCUUUUAACCCGUAUCCUCUGUAGAAACUGCUGUAGCAAAAAGGAUUCCACCCCAGAGAGAUGCUGUAACCCAAUGCAACUCAUGAGCUCCCACAUAUCUGCUUGUGUUUUGCACUCUCUGUUGUGAAGGGUGAGAUUCCAAAAGGCCACUGUUCGUAUUGGAGCCAGAUCAGUUUGCAUUGUGUUGUGCAUGAGCAAGAAUUUUAAAAGCCGCUACUCAGCAGGAUCAGAGGGGGAUAAGGGGUAAAGGGUUAAAAUGCGAUGACGUGUUUAUAUAUUAAAGAAAAAGAUGAAAAGAAACUCGGUGGCGCUUCACUGCAAACGGAUUCCAUGCAGGGAGAGCCCAGACUGAAAUCAACAACAAAGCUUUUCCAAUCCCAGGAGAAAAGAAAACAAAACUUUAAAAUUGUAAUGUCUUGGUUAGUAAUUCUCUAAUAGCGGGGGACAGUGAGGGCUGAAUUCAGAGAAACCUGCAGAUUACCUUCUGCGUACCUAUAUUUUAUAUAUAAAAAGAGGUUAUAUAUAGGUUUUAUGUGCUUUUGCAAAUAGUAAAAUUGACGACAGAGAAUGGUACUGCAGUGAUUCUGUGAUAUAUAUUUUUUUUUCCCUGGGAUUGGUUGCUGAUUUGUCAGUGAGAAGUUUUGUGGCUGUGAAGCUGCAUUGUGUAAUUUUUAGUGUCUGAAUGGAGGCAGGCAUGUAUUGAUGCUGAUGACGUGUGUGUUGGUAACGCUGGUCCGAUUUCAUUUUAACAUUACUGGGUUGAUUAAAUAUAAUCGCUGGCCUGCCUCCCUCUGCCUGCAAUGCCUCACUCGGUCCCACCCCAACUCCAUAAUCAACUUGUGACCCAAAGCCCCCUCUCCACAGCCAGCCAGAGAUCCCCAGCUGUGCGAAAGUGAAUUAUUUAAACUUGAAACACUUUGAAAAGAUCACCCAGCGGGGUCCUGGUAGCUGUCCCUCAACCCUCGGGUGAAGAGAGAUUGCAGUUUCAUGUUGAACAAUUGCAUUGAUGUGAAUUAAAGAAUUAAAAAUCCUCACUCUGAACUCCUCAAAUGAUCUCUGUGGCUGUGCUGCUUCAAUUUUAAAAUGAGUAAAUCAAUGAAAUCAACAGGUUUCUAAAUCUGCAGUAAUGUGUGAGGGUGCAUGGUACGUGGAGGUGUAGAGGCGUGCAGGUUAGGAAAGGUGGCAGACUCUUAUAAUGAGAAGCACAGGGGUACAGAUUGGGGAAGGACCUGGGAAUCUGUUACUGAAUUAUAAGAGAAUUACUGAAUUAUACUGUAGAAGCAUAAAAAGUGUUACAGUGAGGUACAGAGAGAGAGAGUUGGGGCUCUGUCACAGUGAGGUACAGUAUAGAUAGAGAGUUGGGGCUCUGUUAGUGAGGUACACAGAGAGAGAGAGUGGGGGCUCUGUUAGUGAGGUACAGUGUAGAUUGGUAGAGAGAAUUGGGGCUCUGUUACAGUGAGGUACAGUAGACAGUUGGGGGCUUAAUUUAUAACAAGGUAUAGAAGGAAAUUAAAGUACAAAUAUUUCACUUCUAGAGGUGUACAGAUUUGCAGUAUCUCAAGAAAGGGAUUACAGUGGGAGUGUAAGAUGGCAGUAUGUUGUAUUGUAGAGAUCUGAGAAACGGUCUCAAGCUUUGUUAAACAACGAUCUUAAUAUCCUAGUGUUCUGCGUUUAGUAAAAACCUGCUUCUUUUCCUCUGAGCAUAGCCAUUUCACAGCCAGUGUUCCUGCUUUUGUUUCUAUGUGAAAUAAACACAGUUGUAUUUUUUUAUUUCA